CUCUCUGAUUCAGCGAGAAACACAAAAAUAAAAACAAAAGGCCAAAAAUGGGUGCAGACGCAAUCCAAACGAACGGUCAAGAUCCCGCCAAGUUAACCGUCGUAGAAGGGAUCAAACGGUUGAGAUGCGACGUGAAGAACUACGAGUGGGGCAAACUCGGACAUGACUCAUUGGUUGCGAGACUCCACGAGGCCAAUUCAGGGAACCGUGUCGACCCGGCGGUUCCUCACGCAGAGUUGUGGAUGGGUACUCACGAGUCAGGACCGAGUCACGUUGUAAAGGAAGAAGAACGUGAUGUGUCCGAAUGCAUGGUUACGUUGAAGUCGUGGGUUUUGGAUAAUCCGGAUGUUCUCGGGUCUAGAGUCGUGGAGAAAUGGGGAUGUGAUCUUCCUUUCCUCUUCAAGGUUUUGUCAGUGACAAAAGCGUUGUCGAUUCAAGCACAUCCAAACAAGGCAUUAGCAGAGAAAUUGCAUAGAGAAGAGCCUCUUCUUUACAAAGAUGCUAACCAUAAGCCUGAGAUUGCUCUCGCAAUUACUCCUUUUCAAGCGCUUUGUGGUUUCGUAUCCCUUAAGGAGCUGAAGGAAGUGAUCGCCAAUGUACCAGAGAUCACAGACCUCGUUGGACGUAAAGCUGCAGACCAAAUCUUCACCGUCAACGAAAAAGACAGUGACGAGAACAUUAAAUCCGUUGUCCGUUUGAUCUUCACACAGUUAAUGUCUGCAAGUAACAAUGACACCAAACAAGUCAUAUCUAACAUGAAGAUGCGUCUAAUCACGGAGACAAACCACCGUGAACUAACGGAGAAGGAGGCGUUAGUUUUGGAACUAGAGAAACAGUAUCCAGGUGACGUAGGCGUGAUCUCAGCUUUCUUUUUCAACUACGUCAAGCUUAAUCCUGGUGAGGCUUUGUAUUUGGAUGCGGACGAGCCACACGCUUAUAUUUACGGCGACUGUGUCGAGUGCAUGGCGGCUUCAGACAACGUUGUUAGAGCUGGUCUCACUCCUAAACACCGCGAUGUUCAGACUCUAUGCUCUAUGCUUACUUAUAAACUGGGCUACCCGGAGAUUUUGAAAGGAUUUUCUCUGACUCCAUACGUUACGAGAUAUCUUCCUCCAUUUGAUGAAUUUGAAGUGGACCAUUGUGAUCUUCCUACAGGAAAAUCGACGAUUUUUCCGGCUAUCCAGGGACCUUCGGUUUAUCUGGUUAUAGAAGGAAAAGGGAAAUUGGAAACCGGUUCAUCUCAAUUGUUGGUUAACCGAGGGGAUGUUUUGUUUGUUCCGGCUCAUAAUGAGAUUCAAGUAACAGGAGAAAGUGAUGUGAUGAAGCUUUACAGAGCUGGAGUCAGUAGCAGAUUCUUCCAGACACUCUAGACAAAGUAUAAAUACAUUUGUUUUUUUUAUACUCUAAAUGUAACCAUAGGGAUCAGUGUGCUGACGUGAUCAUAGUCUAUCUUGGUCCAUGUUCUUAAGUUCUCCAAUGGCUCACUGCCUAUUAAGGAUUUAACGAGUUGUUGUUUUUUUUUUAUUAACUUCUGUUCUUUCACUUUAUAACCGAAUUUACAUGUAA